UCGCCAUUUAGGGUAGGGUUGCGAAAAAGCAGUCCCGGUGUAUACACAACAACGACAGCCCAACGCAAGCGAUUCCACAACCAACUACUGGUCACCGCUGUCUUUCUUACCAAAAUGAGUCAAGUCGCCAAGGAUCAAAAGGAGCAACAAAUUGCCUCCACCGUUCACCGCAUCCGUAUCACCCUUACCUCUCGCAACGUGCGUAACUUGGAGAAGGUCUGCUCUGACCUUGUCAACCGUGCCAAGGACAAGCAAUUGCGUGUCAAGGGUCCCGUCCGUCUCCCUACCAAGAUCUUGAAGAUCACCACCCGUAAGACCCCUAACGGUGAGGGUUCCAAGACCUGGGAGACCUACGAGAUGCGUAUCCACAAGCGUCUUAUUGACCUCCACUCUCCCUCUGAGAUUGUUAAGCAAAUCACCUCUAUCCACAUUGAGCCCGGUGUUGAGGUCGAGGUCACCAUUGCUCAAUAGAUUAGCAGCGGUCAAUAGAUGGUUCCACUGACGUGGAGCUGUUGUCUCUA